GAUCAGCCCCGCGGACUUUGGAGCCGGCCGAAAGUUUGUACCAGAAACACAUAAACCAAGUUUUCCUCCGGCCACGUCCUACGCGACGCUCUCGGGCGACAACACCCGGAACACUGGGAACCCGAAUACCCACAUCAAUGGGAAUUCCGCAAACAGCGAUGUUCUAAAAAAAGAAGCCAAUCAAGAUACGCGCGGGAAUUCAUCGGGGAUCUCGAGGGUAGCACGGUCGCGGCGGAGCAGAGCGGACAGGCAGUCCAAAUCAGGAAUGGGGAGCAAAAUGAAUUUAUCUGCCAUCCUUGAGAUUGGAGUCGAGAACGAAUCAGGGACAGAUUCUGGGUCAGCAAACGGACCCGAUUCUGAAGCGGAAGGCUUGGAUGGCUACGAAGGCCAGGUUGAUACGAGUGUAAGGUCUGUACCCAAAAAAGGUCAAACCACAGAACGUGCUGGAGCAGACAAUAAAGCCGAGCGAACGAGAGAUAUAGAGAGGACGGUGGAUGCUGGCGGGCCAGCUUUGCAUAGCGGUACAGGCGAUAUAGAAAGCGAUACGGAUAGUAUAGAUGAGGAUACGACUGUUCCGUCAGGCCGAAGGUCUGAGGUAGGGGUCGCACGUCCAGUGAAGUCGGCCAAACGUCGCUCAGACACUCGGACACGGGCGAAGAUGGGUAAGAUGUGCUCAGACACUGUAGCUAUGUGUGCGCGUGGGGAGGGCAGUAAUGCUAUCGUCACUAAGGCGAAGCGUGCGAACGCGCAGGCUAGGAGUAGUGGUAUUGAGAGCAAGAGCUUGAGGAGUACAGCGCGGUGUGGUAGAGCUGAGGCAACGGGUGCAGGCACAACAGCUGAGAGUACGAAGGUGAAUGUUCGGAGCACGACGACUAAGGCCCAGAGUACGAGGAGUAAAGCUCGGAGUACUCACUCUGAGUCAGAGAGUACGAACGCUGUAGCCAAGAGGGCGAAUGCGAAGGCCAGAUAUUCCAUCGCUGAGAAAGAAGCCACUCAGACACACCGCAAUGAAUCCACUCGGAAACGUCCGCUGAGACCAUCUGAGGGGCUGCAGCUGAAGACGGGGUUGCCGGAGGGGUACCUCAAGGCACGAAAACGGCGUGACACGAUCCAAGACCAGACAGCAGCACAACCGAAGGAAGCGAGUGGCACACACCACAGUACGUCGAGAAAGCGAGGCCGCGCAGGCCGGGAUGAGCUAGCUGUGCAGGACGAUGAUAGGGGAGGUUAUGCGUAUGCACGGGAUGGGGGUGGUGUAUCGGAAAGUAUUUGUCAGGCUGUUGUGGUGCGAGAGAGACUGCUGGCGUGUGUUGUGCAUAGCCGUCAUGUGGGUGCAGCGUUCCACCGGACGGGCUGUGAAAGGGGUUUGAGAAGGAGACCCGUAAUACGCACGUUCCGACGGGUGGGGUUACCGACGGUGUACGGGAAGGUGGCCAAAGCAUUCACAAGAAGGCGAAAUAGCAAAGCUCGGGCGAUACAGAGGGUGAGUGUCCGGGAGUAUCAGGGCAAGGCCCAGGAAAGGACUGUCGAUGAGGUGGUGAUUAUUAUCGAGGACUCGGAGAGUGGUUCAGAGGCAGACGGAGAGGAAUUAGAGUACGGUGUGGACGACAGGAUAACUGACCCGGCUGGGGAUCAGACGUACCAGCAUCUGCAUAGUGGAGCUGAGAAGGCGCAUGAAGCGCACUAUAUCGUGGGCGUGGGUACAGCCCUCGAGGGGGGGGUUGUCCAGAGCGAUGUAGAGCGGACCAAGGACGAUACGGGAAUACAUAUGGAGACCCAUCAGGAGGACUCGAGGAUGGUUAAGGAGCCCUGUCGUGUGAAAAAUAUUGGCCCUACUGAGCACCAGACUUGGCUUAUUAGUAGUGAUACUGGGCCGCAGGGUGGGCCGGAACCUGUGGCUACCCCGGAAGACAUACCCCGGGGUGGACAUGGCGAUGAAAGUGACGACGAGGAUAUGCCUAUGGGAGUGCCUAUUGAUGAUGUGGCCAAUAUGCAGUCGAACUCGCCUCAGCCGCCCGCAUUGACGUCAUUGAGCCCGGAGGGGGUGGUUAGCCUGCCCAGCGGACCAGGUAGGACGGUCGACGCGCACUCUGGGGACGGGACGGACGGUGCAGGAACGGGUGUGGAUGUCCAGGAGAUUGCGGAGACGAGGGGGGAGGGGGUGCAUAUACCAGAUACAGGGAUUAAAACAUCGAGAGAAAGUGUGGGCAGUAGUAAACGGCAAAGGCGUAGCCCCAGCACUGCAACGAAUUCGUCCCGACCCAAGAGCACUGAGCCGGUAUCCAAGCGAACGAGGCAUAGCGCCACCAAGUCAGCUGAAGUGGAGAGGAAGGAUAUCAAUAGCAGUGUAGAGGUAGGUAAUGAGGAAGAAACCGGAGGGCGAAUCAAUACAGACCUUCAAGACAAGCUCCAAGAAUCGGGAUCAAAAUCAGAAUCAGGAUCAGGAGAUACAAGAUGCGGAGCCGAUUUGGAAUUUGGUAGGCGAACGUGUCCUGCUGGCGUGAGGGUAAGCGCAAGCAAGACAAAGGGUGUGAAACGGGUAUCAAUUUCUGGUGCGACUGACGAAAAUUGGGACGGUAAUGACGAAUCUGGAAGUACAUGUGGAUCGCCAGUCGACGGAUUGGGUGCAAGCUUAACCCCGUACGAACAGAAACUGAGUAGGAGCUCGACCUCAGGGACGGCCCGUACGAGAAGUUGCACUCUAUCGCCUACUAAGGAAGGCUCUGGCUUAGUCCUUACACCUCACAUGGAGGCUAACAGUGAACAGGGUGUGGAGGUGGGUCUAAGCACAGAGUCUUAUCCAUCAUCUGCGCGAAAGGGUACUAGGCGAAUCAAGCUACAGGAGGAAACCCGCUCGGGGCGUAUAGGUACGUGUGUGAGCUCCGACCAGGCCUAUCCCUCUCCGCACUCUGGACGCAAGGAGAGGUCUCAGAACGCUGAGCACCUGGGGAGGGUGGGCAAGAAGCACACGGCCAAGGACAAAUACGGCCCCAAAGAGACGCAAAGUGGGCGACCCAGAGGAGACGGCUUUGAUGGGCCUAAGGGUACUCAUGAUAUAGAAGCAUCGCAUAGAAGCCAUGAGAAGGGCCACACGGGCAGGCAGGAUGGGGUGCCGCAGGUGCAUGCUAGUAGGGUGAGUCCGUUGAGUCGGGCGGAUGAGGGGAAGUCCCGAGGUCAUGGAUCGGAUUGGAAACGCAGACGGACUAAUACGUAGCGGUGGAAGGGUUACAAUAAAAUCAUAAUUAAUCUAGUUGUUUAACUGAGUCAUAUAUGCG